GUUUUAGACACAGUUUCUAUAGAAUUUUAUAAACAAUGAAUAAAACUAGGCCUAAAACUCUAAAGGCAUAGCUAGUGAACUGUGAAAUAGUAAAUUAUAAAAUGGCCUUAGUACUUCAAGUGUAGAUGCGCGUUAAGGCUUUUCAAAGGAUCCGUAGUUUUUUAUUAGUAAGUUUCAGAUUGGAAAGCAUUUCAAUGACAUCAAAAAUGCAAGUAUUCACACAGAAGAGAAAUCCGAUAACUGGCAGUACAGAAUGGGACGUGCAACACGAAGACUACGAUUUUCAUCAGGAGAUCGCCCGGUCGGCGUUUGCGGAUAUGCUACACGAUACAGAGAGGAAUAAGAAGUACCACAGGGCUCUCCAACUGGCGAUAGAAAAGAUGCAUGAAGCAGGGAAGAAGGCUAAUGUUUUGGAUAUAGGUACUGGUACAGGGUUGCUCUCGAUCAUGGCAGCAAGAUGUGGUGCAGACACCAUUACAGCUUGUGAGGCAUUCAAGCCUAUGGCGGAAUGCUGCUUGAAGAUCCUCCAGAGGAAUGGUGUGGCGGACAAAAUCACUGUUGUGCCAAAGAGGUCCACUGAUAUGACAGUUGGUGAGGAUGGAGAUAUGAAAGAAAAGGCUAAUAUUUUAGUGACAGAAGUGUUUGAUACUGAAUUGAUUGGCGAAGGGGCUCUCUCAACAUUUUCUCAUGCACACGAGUACCUCUUGGAAGAAGACUGCAUAGUGGUCCCGGACUCGGCCGUGAUCUACGCACAGGUUGUGGAGUGCCCCACGCUGCAGAAGUGGAAUAAACUUAAUGAUCUGGCUGAUGAGGACCUGGAAGUUAUAUUGAGGACCCCUCAAAAGAUGAAAGACUGCGCCGGCUCCGCAGCAGUCCACGACGUUCAGUUGUCACAGUUACCUCGGCAUGCAUUCACAGAGUUAUCAGACCAGAUCCCUGUGUUCUACUACGACUGGUCGGGACGCUCGCCCAUAGACAUGAAGAGAACUGUCAAGCAAGAGUUCACUGUGAGCAAUACCGGGCAAGCACAGAUUGUGUUCAUGUGGUGGGAACUUAAUAUGGACCCUGAAGGUAAAAUAUGCCUAAGCUGUGCCCCUUGGUGGGCACAUCCCGACGCUGACCUCUCGUCGGAUAGACCCCAAGAUUCAAUUCCAUGGCGAGAUCAUUGGAUGCAAGCAGUCUACUACCUUCCACAAGAAAUCACUGUACAAAAAGAUUCAGAAGUAUCUUUAGUAUCCUGUCAGGAUGAAUAUUCUCUAUGGUUUUACUUAGAAGAUGAGAAAACCAAGCGAAAACAUUACAAAAGACCCAUUUGUGAAUGCGGUGUCCACAUGUCUAUAUCGAGAACUCAUGUAUCGUACUUAAAUGAUGGAAAACGGAGCAAAAAGUUGCUAGCACAAUUAAAGGAAGAUUUAGUUGCAGAUGCUGUAGUUUUAGAUUUAAAUGGCAGUAGUUUCCUUGGGCUGGCUGCAGCGAAGAUGGGAGCUAAAACAGUGUAUAUCAUCGAAAAUAUGAAUCUGAAUAUCGGAAUAUUGAAUGAUUAUAUCAAAGAGAAUGAUAUACAAAAUGCGAUUGUACUUCCCGAAGUUACAGAUGAAGUUUUGGAGAAAAUAACGAAUGUCGUUUGCGAUCCUAAUUUCAGUUGUGCGAUAUUGCCUUGGGAGAACUUGAAAGUGGCAUAUCUUUUGUACAGGUACAGGAGUAAAUUAAAGGAUUUUGUGCCAGUUAUUCCUGAAAGUUGUGAGUUUUGGGCUAUGCCGGUUGAAUUUCAGGAUUUACACAAAAUAAGGAUACCGCUUGGAAUGUGCGAAGGCAUUGAUAUGUCUAUAUUUGAUAGUCUGGUAGAGAGUUCUCGUGUAAUAAGUGACGCGGAAAUGGAAGCGCAGCCGCUGUGGGAGUACCCGUGUCGAUGUCGCGGCGUGCCGAGGAAAAUCAUCGACAUACACUUCAAAGACUUGAAAGUUACUUACGCUUGUGAUGGUGCGAAUCCCAUUGUCGAUUCGAAAUCUGAGGGUAGUCACUCAGUAAACGGUUUCGCGAUAUGGGCUGUAUGGAUAGUUGGCGGGAAACCAAUAAGCUCCGGACCCGUGGAGUGGCCAGUCGUCGGAGACAGAGUCAACUGGGACAUGCACACGAGGCAGGCUGUCAAAAUACUUAAAACAUCGAAAAUUGUAAGCGAUUCCGACAAAUGGAGCUACCAAGUAGCGUGCGACUUAGAAAAGGGUCAAUUCAACCUAAACCUCGAUUGGGUCAAUGAAGAAUCGUAAAUCUAUUUAUAAAACGCUUUUAACACUUUUAUUUGAAUAAAUAUAUAAUUUUAUUUAUGAA